GGAAAUUAUAGAAAUACCUUCAGUCUUCAAGCUUCUACAUUCAACAUGAAAUCGGUGACUCUCCUGUUGCUUAUCGUCGCCAGCAUUUGUGUGCUCUCCGGUGCCAAUAGACCGAGGUCAAACUGCCCAACGAUAUGCACCCAGGACUAUAAGCCCGUGUGUGCCAUUUUGCGACGCGGUCGAGUAAUCAGCGCGUGCACCUUUUCCAAUAGAUGCGCGUUGAACAGACAGCAAUGCGUCAGAAAACAAAAUUGGAUUCUCAUUAACACGGGAAAAUGCCCUAGCGAUAGUAGGGAUUGCCCGACGUUCUUGAGGCCCCUCUAAACAUCUUUUGCAAUGGAAUUGAUUGUAUAUAUACAUGUAUUAUGUAAAUGUAUAUCAGUAUACUAUGACUAUUAAAAGCAACUGUAUGCAGUCUA